AUGGCCACCGCGGAGGAGCGCGCGGAGCUCGAAGCGGAGAAGCGGCGCGUGCAGUCGCAGAAUCAGCUCCUCGAGGAGAACCUUCGCAGGAUCGAGGAGCAGGAGGCUCAGCUGCAGCUCGGCAUCGACCAGCUCGAGCAGGAGCGCGCGCAGAUCAGGGACGAGGAGCAUCAAAAGCUCAAGGCGUCCCUGUCGAAGCGCGAGGCGGACCUCGAGGCGCGAAUCGCCGCCGCCGAAAGAGCCGAAGCGGCGGCGGCCAGGGCGCAGGAUCUCCUCGCCGAGGAGAAGAAAUCCGCCGCCGGUCACGCCACCGAGCUCGAGAGGGCGGCGCAAACGGCGGAGGAUGCCCUGCACGACGCCCGCGGGCGCAUCGCCGCGGAGGAGGCUGCGAUCGCGGCGACCAACGCGCGCGUCAAGGAGCUCGAGGAACAGCUUCUCGACGCCGACGAGGUUCGCAGGCAGCUCCACAACCAGAUCCAGGAGUUGCGCGGCAACGUGAGGGUCUUUGCGCGCAUGCGCCCGCCCGCGCCCGGGACCCAGUGCGCGGUCAAGGCGAUCGACGUCGAGUCCAUGUCCAUCACCGACAGGCUCGGCGACGAAGCCGUCUUUUCCUUUGACAAGUGCUUCGGCCCCGAGGCUACCCAGGAGGAUAUCUUCGAGGACGUCAGCCAGCUGGUGCAGUCCGCGCUCGACGGCUACAAGGUUUGCCUCUUCUCCUACGGACAGACGGGCUCCGGCAAGACGCACACCAUGCUCGGCGCGGGCGAGGGGGAUCAGCGCGGUAUCAUCCCCCGCGCCGUGCAAAAGGUGCUGGAGCACGCCGAGCAGCUCUCGAAGAAGGGGUACGAGUACACCAUGGAGGCUUCGUACGUCGAGAUUUACAACGAACAGGUUCGGGACCUCCUCAAGCCCGGCGCGGACCACGACGAGAAGCACAAGAUCGUGUCCGCGCCCGAGGGUGGAUGCCCGACGGUUUCCGGGGUGGAAAGAGAGCCCGUGCGAAGCGUCGACGCCGCCGCGGGUUUGGUCCGCCGCGCCGCCGCGGCUCGGGCGGUGGAGGCGACGCAGAUGAACGCGCAAUCGUCGCGGUCGCACACGCUCUUUCUGCUCUACAUCACCGGGCGACACGCGGCUUCGGGGCAGCUGCUCAACGGCUGCCUCAACCUGGUGGACCUCGCGGGUAGCGAGCGAACGGCGCGGUCGGGCGCGGAGGGGCAGCGCAUGAAGGAGGCUUGCGCCAUCAACAAGUCGCUGUCCUCGCUGGGCGACGUGUUCAUGAGCAUCAGCCGCGGCGAUAAGCACAUCCCGUACCGCAACAGCAAGCUCACGCACCUCCUCGCGCCGUGCCUCGGCGGCGACGGUAAGACGCUGAUGAUGGUCAACGUCGCUCCGGAGCCCGAGAGCGCCGAGGAAUCCAUGCACUCGCUCAAGUUUGCCGCGCAGGUGAACGCCGUCGAGCUCGGGGGCGGGAAGACCCGCGCCAAGCGCAACGUCACCUACGAAAACAAGGAAAACGCCGGGGCCAACGUGGUCGUCGGACCGGCGGCGGCGGCGGCGGCCAAGGCUGGAGAUAAGGCGCGCAGGUCCAGCAUGAUGCCCCUGCCGCCGGGUGCGCUCGCGAGGCGCGCGAGCAUGGCUGUGGGCAAGCGCCCGCCGGGUGCGGACCUCACCGGCCGGGCCGCCAAGAGGUGA